AUGUCGUAUGCCCAAGUCCUUCGGGACGCGAGGGGCAAGGUGGACUCUAGGUUGGCGGGCGUCUCCAGGGUCCGACGGACCUUGGAGGGGUAUCUCUUACUGGAAGUGGAAGGGAAGGACUGCAAAUCCAAGGCGGACCUCCUCGCCUCCAGGCUGAGAGAGGUUCUCCCCGAAGGAGUUAGAGUGGCUCGUCCAUCCCGGAACGUGGAGAUUCUAGUUUCGGGAUUGGACGAGUUCACCACAGAGGACGAUCUCCGCCAGGAGUUUGAGGCAGAGUUCGGUGGCGGGAGCGGCGUUAGGGUUGUAUCCCUGCGUUGCUCCCAGCCAUCGGGUGGAGUUGCCUUGGUUCGCUGCUCAUCUGAGGCGGCGGCCAAGGCGAUUAAAGUAGGCAAAUUGCCGGUUGGCUGGGUGGUGGCGAGG